AUGGUGAUUCAGGAUGCGGGUUUCAUGGAACUCUUGGGCCUUGGAAGGGACAUUGCUCGACGCAUGACCAAUGCUGGACGAGCAAUGGUUCCGACGCCUCAUCCCUCGUCCCUUGGAGUGCGCAAUUUCUUUUCCAGCGGUUCCAGCCCAACCAGCGUUCGGCUUCGCAAGAAGCUCUUUAAGACAGGAAGUCUGCCAAGAACCUCUUCCAAGCGCUGCCUGUAUCUGAUCCUGGUGGCGAUAGGUUCGCUGGCUCGGUAUGACUCGCUGCCCGCAGCGCUCAGAGAGCGACCAGACGCACCAUUAAUAGAAGAGGCGCUGCUUCUACUCCCGACAAUUCUUCCCGAAGGCAGUCUCACGGCUUUGCAAUGUCUGAUCUUUCUGAGCAUAUACUAUUUAUGCCUGGUUAAGCCCUGCCAAGCGCACGAUUAUAUUCUCAUUGCCUCCAUGCGUGCCCAGAGCUUGCUGAAGAGUGCAUCUCUCGACACUGAAAACCAGGAACUUCUUCGGCGUGCAUUAUGGGUGACUCUAUUGAUCGAAACCGAGCUAGCAACCCAGCUGGAUCUGACUAGCAGCGGCAUCUGGUCCCUCGAUACAGAAAUCGCCCUACCAUCUUGGUCACAGCAUGUAGAUGAGACACUGCCAUCUCCUUUCAGCACGCCAGUUGAUACUCCUGACCGCCCGUUUGGUAGCCUGAAGUUCCCGAGUAAGCUCUUGUCAUACUUCUUGGCGGAGAUCGCCAUGCGGCGAAUGCUCCAACUCUGUACGACAUCGACUCGGAAAUUACCUAACGGAAAACAAAUUUUCGCUCCGGUUAUAUCCACUGAGUUGGAAUUAGAGGUCGAGCAGUGGCACUCGCACCUACCAGAAUACCUAAGCUUCAAUCGUUAUUGUAUUUCAGAGUCCGACAUAAAUCCGCAAAUGCUCUUUCUUCGAACCCAAUACUUCGCGUACAGAGCGUCAGUUCUGUGGCCGGCAGUCCACCAGGUCGUGGUAGAAGGAGAGAGAUACGAUAAAACGCUUGUGCCAUUCUGCCUUGAAUUCUUUCGAUGUUAUGACUGCUUUGUUCUCAGUGCAGUUGUUUCUAUCCCGCGGUGCCUUCCAAGCACAUGGACACUUUAUGCCAGGUAUGACGACCAUUUCCUGUAG